GAUACGCGCGCGUGUUUCACAUCACUCCAUCACAGACCGCGUCUAGCGAUAAGUGAUGCGCUGGCUUCGUUCGAAAUCACAGCUUUUUGUGCGCGCGUGUGUGUGUGUGUUUUUUUAACCCGAACUCUCCCGUCCACGCCGAGCGAACGCUUCCUCAACUGACGCUCGUCCGUCGCAACCGCGUGUGUAGUAAUAUCCGGCUCUCAAAGGUUAAUUCGUGUCACUGUGGAAGUUACUUACUCACGUGUGACAGAUGUCUGCGUCAGGAUCUGGGAAUCAACGUAAUCAUCGUGAAGAAAGCGGUUGUUUCUAGUAAUGUUCGGUGUUUGUCCUCGGCUAAAAUCACAUUAAAACUAUACUGACUAAAAAUUAACCAUAUUUCUAUAUAUUUGUAGUUUUCUAUUGUGUCUUUCUGUUGAUCUAAAGCCACAGUACAACUAAGGAUUAAACCAUUACCUUGUUUAUUUUUCUUUCUUUCGGAGUCCAGCCAGAUUUUACGCCUUUUAAGAUGCAUAGACGUUCUGUGACGUGGGUUAGAAGUAUGAUUCACUAGAAGAUUAGUCACAUGUGUGAAAUUAUGCCUUCCAGCCAGGGAGGCUCUGUUACAUCUGUAAAUGGCUGGGUUUUUAUUUAUUAAAUAUAGGAUUCUGAUGUCACAUAAAAACACACUGGGAGUCAUUUAAUAUGUCUAUAGGUUUCUUUGCCUGUUGGAGGUGGUGUCAGUAUUAACUUCAGAUUUGAGCUUUGAGGCAUGGAAAUAGGUCCUGACUAAUAAUUGACAGCUCUGGGAUAAAGAUAUUUUACUACUUGGCGUGUGGUUGCCUCAUUUGUAACGUUUCCAGGUGCUGCGGGGGUUAUUACCUUGUUAUUAAGAGCCAAUUGAAGGUGCUGCAUUUAGUUGGAUCAAGUCCAGUGUUCAGCACUGAGGCUGCUGUCGAGCUGGCUUGCCCUGGAGUGGCCUUUCACUCACCAGUGUGUGGGGUGAGCCUCACGUUCACUGUCAUUGGUUGUCCGCAGCCCGAUCCUCUUCGGCAUAACUGACAGGGCUGUGGUCAUUGGACGGCGGCCAAUCGGGUCAGAGGGGACAUUUCUCAAUGCUGCUUCAUCCGUCCGCGACCUCUCCGACACCCUCCUCCAGGUUAUUGUAAGGGAAGCAGGUGUUUAGACGCUGUGAAGGGAGGACCGUGCAUCAGAGAACGCCCGCCUCUGAGUUGACACAUAUAAUUGGGGUUUUGAAAGCUGUUGGCCAGACAGAGCCGGUUUGGUGCGGCGUGUGAUGGAGGUGUAACGUUUGACUGAUAGUGGGCCAAACAUUUUCAUACAACGGUUGUGGGAGGCCUGUCUGACGUUGCCAUCAUCUUUCACAGACCUCAAACACUCUUUGUCCCAAACUACUUUGCUGCUCACUUGCACAACCUUCCAGGAAACAGUAUGGGUGUCCAGGCAGACUUCGCACUCCAGUCCAUCCUCCUCCUGCCAGUCCACUUCCUGGUGUGGCUGUACUCCAUCCUCUCCUUCCUGCCCUGGUACUACAUCACCGGCGCUGGGCAACGGAAAGCUCUGUCCAAGCGAAUAAAGGCCCGUUCCACCACGGGCAGAGCCGAGGGUCCGUACCGCUCCGUGGACCGCUUUGACUCGCUGGCCACGGUGGACUUCCCAGGCAAGGACACGCUGGAUAAACUCUUUGAACACGCCGUGCAGCGCUUUGGAAAAGCACCGUGUCUCGGCACUCGGGAUGUCCUGAGUGAAGAAAAUGAGGUUCAGCCCAGCGGGAAAUUAUUUAAGAAGCUGAUCCUGGGGGAGUAUAGAUGGCUGUCCUACAAUGAACUGGAUACCAUCAUCAGUCAGUUUGGCAGUGGGCUGGCAGCUAUAGGGCAGGAACCUAAACACACCAUUGCAAUCUUCUGUGAAACCAGAGCAGAAUGGAUGAUCACUGCCCAGGCGUGCUUCAGGCGCAACUUCCCCUUGGUGACAUUUUAUGCCACGCUGGGAGACGAUGCCAUUGCAUUCGGACUCAACGAGACGGGGGUCACUCACUUGGUCACCAGCGCGGAGCUGCUCGAGACCAAACUGAAGAAUGUGCUGUCACAGAUCCCAAAGCUGAAGCAUGUGAUCUACGUGGACCAGAGGAAAGUUAGCGCAGAAGGCUACCCAGCAGGACUUUCCAUCCACAGCAUGCAGUCUGUGCAGGAGCUGGGCGCGCUGCCUCAGAAUAUGGCGAGACCAAUCGUGAAGCCGCAGCCCUCGGAUCUGGCUGUGGUGAUGUACACCAGCGGCUCUACAGGGAGACCCAAGGGUGUCAUGAUUGUGCACCGCAACCUGAUCGCAGGCAUGUCAGGACAGUGUGAACGCAUCCCUGGACUCGGACUCCGUGAUACUUACAUCGCUUACCUGCCCUUGGCUCAUGUUUUGGAAAUGACAGCUGAGAUCUCCUGUGUCACGUAUGGCUGUCGGAUUGGUUACUCAUCCCCUCAGACACUAUCAGACCAGUCCACUAAGAUAAAGAAGGGAAGUAAAGGAGACUGCUCUGUGCUCAGGCCCACCCUCAUGGCAGCUGUACCAGAAAUUAUGGAUCGCAUCAACAAGAAUGUGAUGAGCAAAGUGCAGGAGAUGGGUGUUGUUCAGAAGACGCUGUUCACGCUGGGCUACAAGUAUAAACUUGAGCAGAUCAAGAGGGGCUAUGACGCACCGCUCUGCAAUGCCCUGUUGUUCCGGAAGGUGAAGAAGCUGCUGGGGGGACGGGUCAGGAUGAUGCUGUCGGGAGGAGCCCCCCUGUCCUCCGCCACCCAGAGGUUUAUGAACGUGUGCUUCUGUUGUCCAGUGGGCCAGGGCUACGGCCUCACUGAGACCUGUGGGGCAGGCACCAUCACAGAGGUUUCAGAUAUCAGCACUGGCCGGGUAGGAGCUCCUCUUAUUUGCUGUGAGAUCAGACUCCGAGACUGGGCUGAAGGUGGAUACACCAGCAAGGACAAGCCGAACCCGAGAGGGGAGAUCCUGAUCGGUGGUCCCAACAUCACCAUGGGCUACUUCAGGAACGAUGACAACAACCAGGAUUUCUUUGUGGACGACAAUCAGCAGAGGUGGUUCUGCACUGGUGACAUAGGGGAGGUUUACCCCGACGGCUGCCUGCAGAUAGUCGAUCGCAAGAAAGACUUGGUCAAACUUCAGGCCGGGGAGUACGUGUCUCUUGGUAAAGUCGAGUCUGCUCUGAAAAACUGUCCUCUCAUUGACAACAUCUGUGCUUACGCCAACAGUGAGCAGAAUUACGUGAUCAGCUUUGUGGUGCCCAACCAGAAAAAGCUGACGGAGCUGGCCAAGCGGAGAGGUUUGGUAGGACCUUGGGAGGAGCUCUGCACUCACCCUGACAUGGAAAGAGAGGUCCUGAAUGAGAUCAAGGUCGUCGCUGCCAACAUUAAACUUGAGAGAUUUGAGAUUCCAGUGAAGGUGCAUCUUAGUCCGGAGCCGUGGACGCCAGAGACGGGUCUUGUUACAGAUGCAUUCAAGCUGAAGCGGAAGGAGCUGAAGAACCACUAUAUUGAUCACAUCGAGAGGAUGUAUGGAGGGAAAUAACUUUGACAAAGUCAGCCAACAGUUCCCAUCACCACCACAACCACUGUUUAGAUUUUUAUAUAGAUAACAUUCCUAGGACUCAAAGUUUUUAAUGCUGUUUGUGAACCACAGGUGUCCUAAUGAAUAUGUCUUGAACAAAAAAGCUGUAGCUGUAGAUAGUUGUAGCUGUUCAUUCAUAUGUGCUGCUUUAUUUUUGUUGUUGUUAUAGUUAAAGAGAUGCACUGAAGAGGAAAAGAACUGUUGUUCUACAAAAAGGGUCCAAGACCAUUACAGCACACAGAUGCUAUCCACACAACUCUAGCACAAUAUUUAUCAAAUUCUUUCUAAAACGUUUCACUUUUCAUUAUAGUCCAGAUGCUUUGUAAAGUUCAGUAAAAAUGUACAUUUGUGGAUGCUUGUAAUGCUCUUUUGUAAAGUUGGAGUACUGAUUUUGCUGUGCCUUCAAUUUGCAGUGGUAUCUAGAAUUUACAAAGACGCUUUUUGGUUUGUAACAGAAGUAGCUGAACUGCUAAGUUUACAUGAGACUUGAGGAAAAAUAUUCCCAAAUGGAUACUGAUCGGUGAAGUUUUUCAUGAUCAUAUCUACUUGUUUAUUUUCUGACCAAUGUUUUAUUUAUUAGUUUUUGAUUUCUUUAGAACGUAAGACCAUAAUGUGUAAACAUGAAUGACUCAGGAAGAUAAGUGAAGGUUUUAAUAUAUGGACAUCGUAAAAUAGUCAGUUGCUUGUAUAGAAACCACUUCUUUAAAAUAUUUGUGGGCACCUUAUUUAUUAGAGCGCAAGCGAACUACUUAAUUAUUAACUACUAAAAUACUCCUAGACAUUAGCUGUAGUCACAUCUGGCUUACUGUAAUGUGUAUAUUAUACCUCGGUUAAUAGGUUAAUGUACAAAUUGGUAUCAAAAGGUCAAGUCUGUUUAUUGUAAUGUUAGGAGUGUUUUCUAUGUGCUUUUCUAAGUGUUGUGAUGUUGACAGUUUUCCAUCACUAAAGGACACCCUUUUUUGUAUUUAUGUCAUCAAUAUGAUCACAUAAAAAUAAACAUGUUUUCAUAUGCA